AUGGCCCCGUCGAUGACGACUUGUUCUUUAUCAUCGUCAUCGUCGUCGUCGUCGUCGUCUUGGUCAUGGCGGCACAAUAGAAUUGGAAACAACAACAACAACAACAACAACAACGGCGAGAGAAACCGAGCGUUCCUGCUACCGUGGUGGUCGAGACGAGCUGCGACGACGACGACAAAGACGACGACAAAGACGACAGCCUCCUCUGGCAAAGAAGACGUUCUUCGCCGAGAUAACUUUACCUACCCGCCGGAGUACCUCGACCUCGGUCCUCGCAUCAAAAAAGCGCUCGUGGAAAGCAAUGAAUUCGACCCGGAAAUGUACGAUUUAGUCUGCGACGUCCGAUCGCCCUCGGAAUACAAAGACGACCACGUCCCGUUCGCCAUCUCCACGCCCGUCUUGAGCGAUCAGCAGAGAGAAGAAAUCGGGACGAUGUACGUCCAAGUCGACCCGUUCGAGGCGAAAAAGCUGGGCGCGAAAUUGACGAGCGAGAAUCUAAGUAAAAUUUUAGAGGAACAUUUUUUACAUCUUCCGAAGACGACGAAGGUGUGCGUGUAUUGUUUUCGAGGCGGGGAACGGUCGCUCUCGUUAGCGCACGUGCUGUCGAGAAUCGGUUUUGACGUGUCUUACGUUCCAGGCGGGUAUAAGAAAUAUCGAGAGACGACUUUGAAGUAUCUCAAAGAGGAAGCGGCAAAGUUUCGUUACCACGUCGUCGCUGGGAAGACCGGGUGCGCGAAGGGAAAGUUGUUGGACGCGUUGGAGAAACGGGGUGCUCAAGUGAUUGAUUUAGAGCGCUUCGCUGAACACAGAGGGUCGGUAUUAGGGGAAGAUCCAGAGAAUGGAUUCGUCGGGCAACCGAGUCAAAAAAUGUUCGAUUCGAGGUUGGCGCAUAAGAUGCGAAAGUUUGACGAGAAGAGAGUUAUUUUCGUGGAAGGCGAGUCGUCGAUGAUUGGUAAAGUGCAAAUACCGACGAUGACUUGGAAGAGAAUGGGUGAAGGUAAAGCGACGAUAUUGAGCAUACCGAUGGAACACCGGGUCAAAUGGAUUAGGCAAAAUUACGAGCACUUCGAGACGACGGAAGUUCCGAGACUGUUGGAAAAAUUGCAAGUGUUGGAGAAGAGAGUAGGGAACGAACGCGUCAAUCAGUGGAGAAGUCUAGUCGCGGAGAAGAAGUGGGAUCAGUUCGUGGAGGAGAUUUUGGUGCACCAUUACGAUCGCGCGUACGACCAAGCGUCGAAACGUUCGAGACCAAACGAUUUCGACGAGGAGAGCGGUGAAAGAAAAGGGGCCGAUCAAGGCGGCGCGGACGAGUUGUUCUUGGAAAACUUAGAGGAGCAAACGUACGACAAAGCCGCAGAAGACUUGAUGGAGAAGUACGAUAAAGUGUUGUAA